UAAACCAUGUUUCCAUAAUUUGGUACUCCCUCUCUCUCCCUCUCGGGAUGAACGCGUUUCUGAUUCUCUUUCCGCAUUGAGGAUGGAGAUGGUGGUGCCCUUCCUUCCGGUUUAAGCCAGUCUCUCCGCCAUCUCUGCAAGGUGCCCAUUGAUUUCUCAUCGCAUUACGACGACUGGUCUCCGUCUUGUUAUUCGGGUGGUUCUUGAUUGGGAACCAGAUCUGAGUGAUUAGGUGCGGUGGAAUACUGAGAAUGGGUCUCGUCUUCUCCAGGCUCUUCUCUUCACUCUUUGGGAACAGGGAAGCCAGGAUCCUUGUGUUGGGUCUCGACAAUGCCGGAAAGACGACGAUCCUUUAUCGUCUGCAGAUGGGAGAAGUCGUGUCUACGAUUCCAACUAUUGGAUUCAACGUGGAGACAGUGCAGUACAACAACAUUAAGUUCCAAGUCUGGGAUCUCGGUGGACAGACAAGCAUCAGGCCAUAUUGGAGAUGUUAUUUUCCAAACACUCAGGCAAUUAUAUAUGUAGUCGACUCGAGUGACACAGACAGGCUAGUAAUAGCGAAAGACGAAUUUCAUGCCAUUUUAGAGGAAGAAGAGCUAAAAGGCGCCGUUGUUCUGAUUUAUGCUAACAAGCAGGAUCUUCCCGGUGCACUUGAUGAUGCUGCUAUUACUGAAGCACUUGAACUCCACAAGAUAAAAAAUAGACAAUGGUCUAUCUUUAAAACAUCUGCUAUUAAAGGAGAAGGCCUCUUUGAGGGCUUGGACUGGUUGAGUAAUACACUUAAAGCCGGUGGUGGUUAAUAUGAUGCACUUUAUUUCAAAGUAUGAUUGAGAUUUUUCCAAAUGUUCUGGAGCAGCGGAGGAAAUUUAUGGAGCAUCGGUAGUCAAUGUGUUGGGUCUGGGGCAAAACCAUCUCCACUUUACAUCGUAUGUAUGGAGUUAAGAGUGAAAAACGGAAUGGUCUUACAUCAAUUUUUUACAUGGAGACUUUUAUUUCUUUUUCUUGUGUUAAUUGCAUUUGCCUUUUACUUUAUCCCUUGUGGAGCUGGGGUUGAAAUCAUGCUCCAAUUGUACUACUGUAGAAAGAAAAACAACGGUUACUGUAGCUCUGUUCAACUGGAAGUAGCAAACGAGAGAUGUCUAGAAUUGGUCGGAUCAA